UCGACGGUGCGCGCACGCGCAGUGCAGCGUCCCUUGACGGCUGCGCUUCCUGCCCUGCAGCGCAAGCCGAAAAGAUGGCAGGCGGGAAAGCAUUUCUGUUUUCCAUAGUAUGCUUGCUGAGUACAGCCGUAUUUGCAUUUGUCGAAGAACUCGCUGGCACGUUCAAAGAUAUAAAAAACGACGACGUUUGGUUGGUGGAUUUCUACGCACCAUGGUGCGGUUACUGUAAAAAGCUGGAGCCGGUGUGGCAUGACGUCGGGGCAGAGCUGAAACGGUCCGGGUCGCCGGUACGAGUAGGAAAGAUGGACGCCACCGCGUUCACAGGUGUUGCUUCAGAUUUUGGAGUGAGAGGUUACCCCACAAUAAAACUAAUAAAGGGGGAAGCAUCCUACAACUACAAAGGGCCCAGAACUAAAGAUGCCAUUAUUGAGUUCGCCAACAGGCUGGCAGGCCCAGUCGUCCGAUCUCUACCAAGCAAGCAGAUGUUUGAACAUGUCCUGAGAAGACAUGAUGUCCUAUUUGUCUACGUCGGAGGGGUGUCACCUCUCAAGGACAAGUACACGGAAAUGGCCUCAGAGCUGAUUGUGCACACCUACUUCUUCUCAGCCUUGGAGGACAUCCUUCCUGAGACAGUGACUUUGAACGAGGUACCUGCUGUUCUGGUCUUUAAAGAUGGGGGCCACUUUGUGUACGAUGAAUAUGCGGAUGGGAGCCUCUCAUCCUGGGUAUCCAGGGAGCGCUUUCUGAGUUACCUGCCCAUCGAUGGAUACACCCUCUAUGAUCUUGGAGAUACAGGCAAGUUGGUGGCAAUAGUGAUCAUUGAUGAGAAGAACCCAACUGAAGACAGCAUCAGGUUAAAGAAUCUGGUUCAAAGAGUAGCAACUGAAUACCGAGAUCAUUACAACAGGGAUGUUCAGUUUGGACACAUGGAUGGUAACGAGUAUAUUAACAGCCUUAUUAUGGGUGAGAUCUCGGUUCCCUCCAUCAUCAUGCUGAAUGCCACCAGUGAGCAGUACUUCCUCCCCAAGAAGCCUGUCAGCACACUGGAGGAGCUGCUCCACUUCAUCAACAGUGUGCUGGAUGGGACUGCUGAGGGACACGGGGGAGAUGGAGUGAUUCAGAGAGUAAAGAGACUAGCGUACGAUGCCAAAUCCACUGUGCAGUCUGUGUUCCAUAGUUCCCCCAUCCUGGGCUGCUUCCUGUUUGGGCUUCCCAUGGCUGUCAUCAGCCUCAUGUGCUACGUCCUCUGCACCGCCUCUGCGGCCGAUGACGGCACCGAGGAUCUCAAGCGGGAUGAAGAAGACGAGGACGAGGAGGAUGAAGAGGACGAGGGCCAGGGAAGGCCCGCGUUGCUGGACACAACAGAGGAAACCAACAAGAGCACCAUGGACAAGAAAGUAGAUUAACUCAGGGAGCCAUUUCAGUCUGAGGUUUAGCGACACGAUACUUGAAAAUCUUUUUAUAUGAUUAGAUCUAUUGUCAGCCUGCCUCCUGUUGUUAUUUAGAUAUUUGUUCGAUUUCAUUUCUCUUAUCUUGUGAAUGGACCUUUUUUUUUUUUUUUUUUUACUUUACUUUACACAAGUGUGGGACUGAGCAGUUGGGGGAGGGGAAUUUGUAAAACCCAAGUUGGUUCCCAGGUCAGUUUUUAUGUUUUGCUGUAUGGGAAGAAACGUCCCUACUAUAGAAUCGCUUCACCUGCGGCGCACCGUUCAUGAAAAGCUCAUCCAUCUGCAGGGACUUGGGGGUGUUGCUACCUAACUAGUCCUACUACACCUGGUUUUCUGAAUUAGGAGACUGCACAAGGGUCACGACUACAGCUGUCCUGCUCUGGUCUCGUGGUUUAUGUUCUUUGUUUCGUCGUUCUCUUUCUUUUUAUAAGCCUUAAUGAAUAGGUAUCUAUUCAAUUGCUUAAUAGUCACAUAGUUUGAAGGCAGACUGUGUUCAGAGUGGUUCUCCUGUUCAUUUUCUAGGGGUAUUUUCUCAUUUCUACACAGAAAUUAAUCCACUGAAGUCUGUGAGAAAUCUCCACUAAAAGGAGGCUUAACUUUAAUGUGGAAGUGUGUUUUUAAAAUGUGUAUAGCUUCGUUUUACCCGUUCAAGGCCCAUCUGCUUAAAUAGUUGUGUGUGUUUUUUUAAGCCAUGUUAAGGAAUCUGCCUGAAUGUGAUGAACACAUUUAACAAAUGCACUGAGAUGCUUACUAGAGGUAACAUGCACUGUGUGUGGAAAUGAAUCCAGACUUUACAGGGAUUUAGGUUGUUUUUUUUUUAUUUUAAUAAAAUAUUGAAGUAAAUAUUGCCAGGUAAUUCUAUGUAGCGAUGAAACAGACUUGAGACUAUGAUAAGAAGCAGCUUGCUUUAGUUUCUGAGAGGUGCAGGUUUGUACUACGGUACACGUAACAUAAAAUGUUUCGUUUUGUAAAGGGCACAGCUUUUAGGCUGCAAGAAACAUUGCUGUCUCUUCCCAUUCCAACUCAUUCUACUGUUACAUUCACUUUUUUCUGCAUCGUUAAUUUGCAGAUUCAGGUGAACAGAAUGGAAGACCAAAGAGAAUUACAUUGAUCGCUGAUCAGAUAUGGGGAUCGAUUCACAUAGAUGUUGUUUAUGUUUAUGGUGUUACAGAAUGUCAAAUAAUAUACUCCACAAUCCACCCAGAUUAUCUGUAUACUGUAACAAAUGCAUUGCAUAUGAAAUCAUAACAAUGAAAGAUGCCUACAGAAGUACAAGGUCAUUGAAUUAAGUUUUUUUUUAUGUCUGAAGCCACAUGCAUUUGCAUUAUUAUAGGAAAUUAAAUAUUUGCCAUGGAAAUUA